AUGGGCGAGUCAUCGAGCGCUACCGCCACCUCUAUUACUGAAUAUUCAAAGUGUGAAGUGAGAAGUGUGAUCCGUUUUCUCUCUCAAGAAGGAAUCAUUCCCACUGAAAUUCAUUGUCGACUUGUCAAAGCAUAUGCACCAGAUGGUAUGAAUCGCCAAAACGUCACCAAAUGGGUACGAGAAUUUCGAGAAGGAAGAAAAAGUGUGCAUGAUGAGGAGAGGAGCGGCCGGCCGUUUUUGGUGACCGACGAUUUCAUCCAAAAAGUCGAACAAUUCAUCCGUGAAGAUCGUCGUUUGACUCUUGACGAACUUCUCGAGAAGUGCCCAGGCGUUUCUCGAUCUGUUCUGCACGAAGUAAUCUCGAAUCGACUUGAUUUCAGGAAACUGAGUGCUCGUUAG